AUGGCGAAGACAAAGCCAGCGGACCGCAAGGGAAAGAAGAGCGCAAAGUCUAACGUGAAAUCCGGCGCAUCGAAACCAAAAGUUUCGGCUGAAGACCUCUUAAUACAGGCGGCUACUCUUCUCCAAACAUCACAGCCAGAGGAAGCGCUCGUUGCCGCACAAAGAGCGCUCAACUUGGUUCAGCCUGGUAGCUCGAAGCCUUCGGCCGCCGCGCUACCCGCAUUGAACCUCCUCGGCGAAAUCAACGUAGAGUUAGGCGACCCAGAUUCUGCGCGCGAAGCAUUCCAAGCCGCCAUUAUCAUCGAUCCCGAAGGCGCACACGAUGGAGCAGAGAAGUUUCUAUGGAUGGCACAAUUAAACGAAGAGGGUGGUGCAGAGAGUGUACGAUGGUUUGAAAAGGGCAUUGAGGUGCUCAAGAGGGAAAUUGGUGGACUGGAAGGCAAGACGGGGAAGAACAACGAAAUUGCAGAGUUGGUGGAGGAAAAGAGGCAGAAGAUUGCAAACUCGCUAUGUGGUAUUGCUGAAGUCUACAUGACGGAUUUGUCAUGGGAAGAAGACGCAGAAGCAAGAUGCGACGCCGCAGUCACCGAAGCACUUCUUUUUGCGCCAGAGAAUCCGGAGCCUCUGCAGACACUCGCGUCCAUCCGAAUUUCGCAAUUGAAACCCGAUGAGGCAAGAUCCGCACUGAGAAGAAGCAUGGAGCUGUGGAAGGACCUGGACCCGGAUGACGCCAAGGUUCCCGAUUACUCUCUUCGCAUUAGUCUGUCCCGUUUGCUGAUGGAGGCGGAAAUGGAAGACGAGGCGAUUGAGGUUCUGGAGCGGUUAGUGGGGGAGAACGACGGCAGUGUCGAGGCGUGGUAUCUGGGCGGCUGGUGCUUGCAUUUGCUGGCGGGAAAGCAAAAAGCCAAGGGAGAGGAAAAGGUCACGACAUCACUACUGCGUGCUAGUCGGGACUGGCUGGAGAAUUGCCUCAAACUUUACGCUAUGCUAGAGUACGAGGAUGAGCGAUUGAAAGAACAUGCCGACGAGCUCCUGAGAGAAUUGAACGAUGUACUCGGUCCUUCUACCGGCGCUGAGGAGGAAGAGGACGAAUGGGAAGAGGACGACGGUGACGAGGACGAGGACAUGGACGAGACAUGA